ACGUAGUUUGCAUUAAGUUCAAAUGUUCAUUCUUCAAUGUCGUUAGCUUCAAACGACAAAAACUUCUGAAACCCUCUCCGUCUCUCUCGUCUUCUUCUUCCGGAUAAGAUAAAGCAACAACAAAAAGUGAGAAAAGCUCACACACACUCUUCUCCUCUCUCUCUCCCUCUUCCAAAUCUCCCUCUUCUCCUCCAAUGGAAGCCUUACUCAGUUUCCCCUCCUCUCCUUCCCAAACCCUAACUCUAACAUUACCCCGUCCCACCACGAACCCCCUCCUCUCCUUCUCCCAAAUCCCUCUCCGCCACGGCCACCGCCUCCCGUCGAUCCGAUCCGCCAUUUCCCGAACCAAGAAGGAAGAGACGGUCGAGACCGUGAAGAAAAACCUCGAAAACUGUUACCUGCUCGCCGGAAUCAGCUACAAAGGCUUCACCGUCAAGCAGUUCCAGGACCUCCGACGAUCGCUGCCGGAGAACACGAAGCUGAUCGUGGCGAAGAACACGCUGGUCUUCAAGGCCAUCGAGGGCACCCAGUGGGAGGCUCUGAAGCCGUGCAUGACCGGCAUGAACGUGUGGCUCUUCGUCCAUAGCGAGGAGAUCCUGGCGGCGAUCAAGCCCUACAGGGAUUUCCAGAAGGAGAGGAAGCUCGACGGCAAUGACUUCACCGGCGCGGUUUUCGAGGGCAAGUUCUAUGGGCCCGAGGAUUUCAAGAAGCUCGAGACGUUGCCGACGCGGGCCGAGAUUUAUGCCAAGUUGUUGGGCUCUCUUCAGGGCCCGGCGUUGGGCCUGGUCGGAACGAUCCAGGCCCCGGCGAGGGAGCUCGUUAUGGUAUUGAAGGCUUAUGUCAACAAGUUGGAACAGGAAGGUGGGAAAUAAUGAGGUUUUUUUUUUUGGGGGGAUGGUAAUGUAAGUUUGAAAAUUAAAUUAAAAAAAAAAAAAGAAACCGUUUUUUGUAAUUUGGGAAUUUUUCUUGUAGCAUAAUUUGGUUAACAAUUUUUUGAAUUUAGAAUUGAAGUUGUAGAAUGGGCAAGUCUUGUUAAUCCUUGCGUUUAGCCAGUUAAUGUAUACUUUAGAAAUAUAAAACACAAGCAAGCAUUGAUUUUGUUGA